GGGAUACUUCAGAAACCAAAAAGUGCCAUACACGUGCCGAGAAAGGUUGUACUAGGGCAGAAACAAAGAAGAAGUUUAGUGAUUAUUAGGGUUUUUAGUAAAUGAUGAUGGAUGGACAAGAAGGUGGAGCAGUGGUGAGGAUACCUAAAAAUAACUAUAAACAAGUGAUAAAUCAGCUCCAAACAAUCUCAAGAAAAUUAACGGAGUUUGAUACGAAAAUCAAAGAGUUAAGAAAUGGAUAUCAUGAUUGGGUUUCCAAACAAUCUUUUGUUGUUGAACUUCCUGUUGUUACUACAUUUGGUGUAAUCCAUGGAGCUGCUUGUGGUGCUUUUACCGGAGCCUUAGCUGAGGUUGCUAAGCAUGUCUAUCCACAGCAUUCACUUGCCAUUAAGGCUUUCAGCCAUAGUCCUAUGACACAAGCUCAUGUUUUUGCUGCUAUGAGGGGUGCCCGUGUCAGUAUUAAUUGUUUUAUGAAAAGAAUUAGAGGAAAAGAGGAUGUCCAGACUCGAAUGGCAGCAGGUUUUGGUGCUGGAGUCAUGCUUAAAUUGAUGACAUCCACAGGGGAACCUGAGGAGGCAGUCAUAACAGGAGUCAUUGGUGCGCUUGUUGGAGGUACUUCCUUUCAGCUAGGUAAUAGAAUCUCUCCGCCGUCAAGGGAGUAUACCAGAACAAGAUGCAUGUUGUCGAAUCUUGGCCUUCAGCGUUACGAGAAGAACUUCACAGAAGGCUACUUAACAGACAUUACCGUACCUUGGCUUACCGAUAGGCAAGUGUUGUUGAGGGAGUUCAUAUCACCUGUUGUUAUCUGUGUAUGUUCAUAG